AUGGAGUCUAUAAUCUACGAAACUCUCAUUAAGUUCCUAUUGGAUCAACAUCUUAUUCCGGAAGAACAGCACGGUUUUCUUCCCCGCAAGUCCACAAUUUCGAAUCUCCUUUGCUGUCUCUCAAACUGGACCCGGCAUUAUGAUUCUGGAGUUCCAGUUGAUGUUGUUUAUUUGGAUUAUUCCAAAACUUUCGAUAGAGUUCCCAAACGCCGGCUUUUAACCAAGCUUGAAAAUCUUGGAAUAGUGGGGAAUCUACUUCAUUGGAUUGCCGCCUUUUUCUCCGAUCGUACGUUUAGAGUGGGGGUUGGUGACGCUUUAAGCGAGCAUAUACCGGUCUUGAGUGAUGUACCUCAAGGAUCGAUUUUGGGUACACUAUUAUUUAUAGCAUACACCGCUGAUUUAAAAGAUAUUAUUCAAUCACUUUUCGCCAUGUAUGCUGAUGAUAUAAAGAUAUACAACACCAGCAACAAUCAGUCUAUCUUGAAAAGCGACUUGUCAGCGAAUGGUGCUCCGCCUAGUUACUACCUCUAA